AUGGUCUAUCUGCGUUCGUUGAAAGUCCCAAGAGGAUACGCGGCGGCCUUUAUGGUGGCUGGACCAUACGCAAGGUCGGGUUGCUGCUCCCGUGGGGCGUGCGUGCAUCGUCGAACAACCGUACGAGGGUGCGAGACCAGUAGCGCGCCGCUGGCGCCUCGCGUUGCUGUAUCCUCUGUGGUCUGGCAGCUGCCGGAGGCGGCCGCGCAGGCGUUUCAGGAGCGCAACUGGCAGGACUGUGCUUCUAUUCUCGUGGAGACUCCCGUUCAGACUGCACAGUGCUUGUUAGUACAGCGCACGAAAGAGCCGGCAGCGAACCUUUGGUCUUUUCCCGGUGGCAGUUUGCACUUCGGCGAGUCAGUGCUCGACGGCAUAGCUCGUGAGCUCUUUGAAGAGACUGGCCUCGCCCGGUCUGACGUCAUGCUUGGAUCAGAAUACGAGGUGUAUGAGUACAUUGCACGUGAAUGGCACUACAUUAUCUUGACUGCAGUUGGGCUGGCGCGCCACGGUGUAGAGCCUGUUGCCGGUGAUGAUGCUCGCCGAGCUUGCUGGGUGCCGCUUCGUGAUCUGAUGAAUCCGAACUUUCCGAGUACAACACGCUGUCUGGAAACAGCGAGGAAGCUUUGGGACCGACUAAGAGUACAUUCUACUUCAGCCCGACAUAGUUAA